UGGCCAUGUGCGUGAGCUGCAGUAAGCAGUGACUCACCUUCUAAGCUUGUCCGGGGCAGACUUCAUCUCAAAUGAAUCCUGAUGGUUCAGAGACUGGGGAGCCUGGCCAAACGUCUGCUUCCUAAAGGCAGUCUGCAUGGGAGUGGUGGGGGAUUAGACAAAGUCCAGAGAAAGCCCGCAGAGACUCGAGCGUGUGCUGCAGGACACUUGUAUCUGUGCCUGCUGGUGGAGCAGGUUCCGGCACCUCCCCAGCCUCAAUGGACUGCAAAGAGAGCGAGGACCCGUAUGAGCACAGCAAAUGCACCCCAUGUCGAAACUGCAUGCCUGGGCAGGAGCUUUCCAAGGAAUGUGGUGAUGGUACAGGGGGGGAUGCGCAGUGCGUUCCCUGCCCACCCAGGAAGUUUAAGGAUAGCUGGGGCCAUCACAGCUGCAAGCCCUGCCUGUCCUGCGCUCUCAUCAACCGCAUCCAGAAGUCCAACUGCACAGCAACGACCAACGCGGUCUGUGGGGAGUGCCUGCCGGGGUUUUACCGCAAGGCACGGAUCAGCGGGCAGCUGGGCUGGGAGUGUAUCCCGUGCACCAAGCAGACGCCCUCCUCUGAGCCCCAGUGUCGAUCCAGAACAAGCCUGGUGAAAGUAGCAGUCCCCACGGUACCUCCCCAGGACACAGCCCUUCUCGCACUGACCAGCAGUGCCCUAGUCAUCAUUGUGCUGGUGCUUCUGGCCCUCUCCAUCAUCUACUGCAAGCGGUUCUGGAAGAGCCAGUGCCAGCGAGUCUUCCUGAGGACUCAGAAUUUCUCAGGCCAGCGAGCGAUGUUCCCCACGUCGGCUACACCUGGCAGGUUUCUGUGUGAAGAGCAGAUGUCUGGUCCCUGCUGCCUGGGCGUGAAGAACCUGAGCCCCUGCUACAGGCAGGCGGAAGGCCCGGUGGAAGCAGUUCAGUUCAUUUCAGAGGGAGAAGCCAUCAGCCUCCAGCUGCCACCCACGCAGCCGGAGCUGGAGCUGCCGUCGGCUGUGGCGGUCAGCCCUGCCUCCAAAGGCCAGCUGGUGAGGAGCGUCCUGGAGAGCCAGCCCCUGGUCAGGAGCUCGGGCUGCAGCGACCGCCUGGCCACCGCCCUGGCCCCCUCCGACCUCAGGCCAGGCCAGCGGGGAGUGGCUGAGGCACUGGCCCCCCUCUCCUCCUGCGCCUCCGAGAUGCAGCACAAGUGGCCCCAUGCCCCGGUGGAGUGCACCGAGCUCGACCUGCAGAAGUUCUCCUCCCAGGUGGAGUUUGUGGGCAGCGAGAGGUCGGAGGAGGUGGGGAGCCAGGCAACACGAGGAGUCCCCAGGGAGGGGAGCAGUGCAGCGCUGGAGGCUGGGAGCAGCCUCGUGGUGGACCCAGCGAGGGGCCUGUCCCCCACCGUCCAAAACCCCACCGCUGAGAGCGGGGAGCAGCCGGUGAAUGAUGCCCAGAGCCUUGUGACUCAGAUCAGUAACACAAUGAAGGGUCUCCCUGUUUCAGAGCUGCCCCAUUCCUUGGUGCAGUCGCUUGCCUUCUUGUUAGACCCGUCCUUGAAUGGUGUGAAGAACUUCAGCCACGUGGCACUGGAGCUGGGGGUUGCACCCCAGUUUCUGGGACGGAUAUCUGGAUUUGAGCAGCUCAUCACUCACCUCACCUACUCAGGAGACUCGGUCACAAUCCCUCAUCUGGCCCAGGCUCUGCAGCGACUGCAGCGGUUCGACGCCUUGCUCCUGCUGUGUGACCACUUUGCUCUCAGCCAGAUUCAGGGCCACCAGUGCUAGGAUAAGAUGGAAGGGAUGGAGGAAACUUCAAGCAUUGUGUGUACUGGUACGGGAGAGGAUCUGGUAGCCCUGUGGUCACACAAUCUCUCUAACAUGCAUGUGGGGAGUAUGUGGAGAGAGUCUUUGCAUUGUGGAAUAGAAGCACACGAGGAGGAGUCUCCCUCCUUGGAGAAGAGUGGAGGAGCUGGGGAGGUGACAGUACUGUGUAUCCUCACAGCUGUCACUCCUGCCCCUUCUGGGCAGGUUGUGCUCAGCACCUCUGAGUUCAUUUUUCUUCAUCUGUACUUAACCCAUGUCCAGCAGCAGAGCGGUGUCACAAUCACUGUGCUGCCUGUCUGUAAUAAGCCCUGUCCUUUGCGAGUUGCUGGUGUUGGGAUGAAUUCUGUGAGGUCCCUGGCCACACGCUGUGCAGGGGCUUGGGCUUGGUUGUGUGCCACUCUCUUACAGGGCCAACAAUCACUUCUCUCCCAUUCCAGCUUUUCAGAACACUUUCCUUUGGCCAAUACUGUGUUAUUUUUUUCUGGGUUCCUGUUGCCACUUUGAGUUGAAAUUUUGUUUGCUCCUCCCUGUGUGACCAUUGCUGCUGUGGCAGGGAGAGCUGAGCAGUCAGUCUCUGUGCCAGUGCAGCACGUGGCAUGUUUAAAUUAAUUUCCUUUACUUGAACUGGUGUAGUUUUCUUAAAGAAGUUCCAAGUUGAUCACCAGGGUACUUUGAUGUACAGUUGUGUUAGGUGCAGUGCUGUGCUGCUCCUUGCCCAGGGCAGUUUUUGCUCCCCGGUCUGCUGGUGACUGCCUCUACUCAGCUGUGCUGGCAACCUCCUCGGUGUGCAUCAGGCAUUGCAGGCUGAUGCGGGGUGCCAGAGGCAGGGACCCUCCUCUGCCUUCUGCAGGGAACAGCUGGUGCCCUGCCAGUGCCAGGCAUGUAGGGGUCAGCUGGAGACUGAAGACUGCAACUGUGCUGCAGUGAGUGUUGAAGUCCCUGUGGCAGAGCAGGUUUGCUUUAGAAGAUUCUUUCUUUUUUUUUUUUUCUUUUCCUGCCUAAAAACAAGCUAAUUUUCUCAUUUUUGGGAGUAGGUCUUAUGGAGGAAACACCCUUCUGCAUUUAAUUUGUUCCUGGAGGAUUUGUCAGAGCUUGCAGCGCUUUCGCCUGCAUGAGGCUCCCCUCAGUUUUGGUUGUGGAGCUGCAGGGCAGCUUGCUGGGUUGGUGGCUGCUGUGCUGUUGUUCUCCUCUGUCUGCCACCAGCUUCAGGGUCUCGCAGGGUCACAGGGGGUUUGGCCAGGCGGUCCGACAAGUGGGACUUGGGGGUCCAUGGUGGAGUGGCUCAUGAGGCUAGAGAAGACCUGCAGUGGGAAGCCGUGCCCUGCCUGCCGGCAGCAGUGUCUGUGCAAGCCUCCCGCUCCAGGAUUUUUGUCGGGGGCGAAUCCUUGCGCAGCAGGCGAGGCGCAGGGAGCGGCCCUGCGGGGGCGGACGGGAAUGUGGGGCCGCCGUCAGCUGGGGAAGCUGCCCCGGCCGCCCGGCACGCGCCUGGCCCCGCUGUGCCGCCGCCUCCCGGGAUGGGGAUGCCUGUCCCACUGAGGUCAUGGCGCGGAGCAGCUGAGCGGUCUUUGCCCUGUGCCUGGCUCCAGCCUCUCUGCAGCCGGGGCAGGAGGCCUGCUGCGAGCUGGUUGCUUGCCGAGGAAGGCAGGAGGUGUCAGCCCCCAGCUUUGUCCCUGCCACUUGCACCAGGACUACUAAAGCCUUUUACACCCUCCUCUGGAGCGAUGAAAUGGACCCACUGUGCUCACUCAACCAGGACAGUGCCUGAUCCCACUGAAGAUCAGAGUCAAAAAUGCCUUUAGGUCAGCGGGAGCGGGUUUUUGCCUCUGCUGCCAUGUGCCAGGGAGAACAAGCCUGUCUUGUUUCUUCCCCUCUUUCUAUGCCGUUUUGUGCCCGCUUAGUUUCACUGCCCAACUUUUUCCGCCCUGUCCUUGGGGUCUGUUGGACAUCUCAUGCCAUUUCCACCCUUCCCUGGUGCUGCUGGCCCCUCGCAGCCUCCACUCCCAGCCCCUGUACGCGGUGCGGCUCCUGCAGUGCUCAGUGCCCUGGGUGGCUGCGGGCUCCGAGUGCCCCAGGACCUGCAGGGGGUUUGAGCCACGGUGCUGGCUGUGUGUGUGUCCCUCCUGAAGGCUGCAGCUGAUGGCUGGCUCUGAGCGCUGCUUCCCACGCUGUCCUUGCCCCUGGCAGCAUGGUGGCCGCCAGCAAGCGGCACUGUUACCCUGCCCGCCGCCACCAGGGCAUCCCCAGGCUUUGCCUUUUAUCUGACCACAGUACUUGGAAAAAGCAAGCGACCUUCUGGGAACACAGCCCUUUGCUCAGAUCUGCCCAAACAGCAGUAUUAAUAGCUGCUCUGUUUCCCCCCCUUCCCCCUUUCUCUUGUUAAAUGCUGUUAAGACUUGAACACACUCAGGAUGUGGUCAGAUAACAGGAGGCAUGGACAGCUUCAACUGGAUGUGACACUUUAUCUCUGUUUAUUUCUUUCAGAGUCGUGGUCGUUUUAUUGCUCUUUGCUUUGUGAGAACCAGAAGCGUUAGACCUUGUACCCGUAUUUGGCUGGGGUGAUGUACUUGAUCUGUUAUGAAGCAGUCAGAAAAAGUAUUUCUAGUGUAAAUGCAGCCUGGGGAUAAGGUUUUUCCAUUGAAGGCUUAUCUGUGGCAGGGAGAGAGUGUGUUCACAUUAAUCAUGUAACAAAAUCAAAUAUUUAAUCUCUUUAUGGACACACAAUGGGAAUGAAGAUUACUUAUACAUCUGUAGGUGAAUUAAAAAAAAGCAUCCAUGCAGCUUAAUAAAUCAGGCAUGGCUUUGAACUUGAAGCAGGUGUAGGUGAAUUGUCCUGCAUGUCCCUGCCCAUCCAGUGGGGUGCAGGAUGGCGGAGCAGGCUCCUUCCCAGCACAACGCUGUGGGAUUGGGAGCAAACAAUGGCUAGCAACAGCCUGGUAAACGAGAAAUGGAGUGAAUAAAAGGGUUUUCAUCACUUGUGUGCUGCAGAACCUCACUGGGGGCCAGUGGUCUCUGUCCCUCCUGCGCUUGCUGGGUGUUCCUGUUGAUGUAGGUGGGGUCUGCAUUUGUUGUUUUUCUUUUUUGUUGUUGCUGUUCUAUUAAGGAAUCAACCCCAUUCCCCUAACAAUUUUUAAGGUAAACUUAUAUUUUAGCUGUUUGGUAUCUGAGCAACAUUGUUCACAUUCAAAACCUACCUCGCCGUGGUGCUGGGGAGGCGGCACAUGGGGCUGCUCUGCCAGCCCUGCCUGGUGCACUGGGAGCGCCGGGGCAGCCACCUCCACGGCAGGUCUGUGGGUAGCUGUGUUUUAAUUGUUUUAACUGUUCUUGAGAAGACUCGAGCCUGCUCAGAGCCUUUUACACAGUCGCAGUGUGAGCUUCUGUGGAUGGUGCUUCAUGGGUGCUCAGUCCCACACUGUACUGUUGUGGAGAGGGCUUUUUAAUGGCAAUGGGCUCCUGUCCCAGGGCUGCUCCCACCUGUGCUGAUGUCCGUAGCCAGCAGCUGCCAUCCAGCUGUGCUGUCAGCAGUCUCAGAAUCAGCUGUGUUUACAUGGCCUUUAAUUUAGCCAGCUCAAGGCCCUUUGGGCUGAUUUUUCACAAGUCUAGCUGAAGUCCUCAGAAGAAGGGGGACCACAGGAGUCUGAACGACAGGCUCUGGCGCUGCACUUUGGACACUGGCAAACGGUGGCCAUCACUGGGCAGGUGGGCGAGCUUCAGUUUCUUUAGCUGGGAACCAAUAGACUUGGUACUUGACUUUUCUGCUUUUUCUUAAUGGUAUUUUCAGCACAAUAGAUGGAAUGUAAGGGAAGGAAAUUCUCAUAGCGCUGGAUCUCACAUUUCAGCUUCAGGAAGCUACCAAAGCCAAGCUGGCAUGGUUCAAAAAGAGUUGAAAGAAAUAAAUUAAUCCAGUAUCUAUGCAAACUUUAGCUGUGAUUGAACAAUGGAAAUACUCUUGGGUGGUGAGAUUUUUUUUAUUUUUUUUACAAGCAAUUGUUUUGACACUAGUCCUGUCUGGAAGUCUGAUUUACAGAAGAAUUUGUGAUGGGUUUCAGUCCAGCCCUGUUCUGAAAGCUUCUAAGCAUACACUUAAAAAUAGGCAUAUCUUUAAAUCUUAUUAAAAUAAAGAAGUAAUUUGUACAUCCUUGGAUGCUAUUCUCAAACAGGGUGCUUAUAAGAAUUCACUACACUCUUACAUGAGUGGACAAUACUGAAGAAAAUUUUUUACAAUAGGGGCACGCUCUGAAAAAUCUGCAAGUGGAGAUGCCCUAUGGGGAGGUGCCCUAUGUGUUUUAGAUUAACAAUACAAAUCCUGGUGCUUUUCUAAAACUAAAUAAAUAAUUUUUUGUAGUCAUAGUUUACUGCUGGGAAUACAUGAUAAUUUUUAUGGUGGAUGUUCUGUUUUCUUUAAGGUUAUGAAUAGGUUAUUUAUAUUUUUGUAAAUCCUGUGUCAUUAGCAUUGUAAUUCUGAAGUUUAUUUGUUUCCAUUGUUUUUUUGGGGUGAAGUUUGUAUUCAAAUAAAAGUGUCUGAAACUCCUCUAAGUUUUGUUAAACAAGGGGUAUCUGAGUUCCCCACAUUCCACCCAGACAUAGUGCUGUUGAAUGCUGUGUGCUUGUAGUUAAAUAAAUUCCAGAGUUGGAGGUGA